AUGGGCACAAUUGUUGCCCCCGACGCCACGACCAGAACUGAGGGCGACCUGCUCCUAGUCUCCAUCUCCCUCCCCUCUCUUCGCAAGGCGGGUGAAUUGGACCUCCAACUCGCGCCGGACAGGCUCGAGCUAACAGCCCCGGGCUACCACCUCGUGCAGCCUCUGGCGCAGCGAGUGCGUGACAGCGAGGCGACCGCCAAGUUCGACAAGAAGAAGCGCGUGCUUACCGUCACUCUGCCCAUCGAGGAAGAGGCGGCGGAGGCGGCGGUGAGAGCCGCCGGGGAGCGGCUCGAGGCAGCGCGAACUGCGCUGCUGAAGGCGCAGCAGGCGCAGCAGGCGGCGGCCGAUCGGCGAUCGGCCGCUCGCGCGAAGGCGGCAGAGGUGCGCAGCAAGGCGUCCUCUCAGGGGCGGACGGGCACAGCCGCGGCAAGCGCCGCGACAGGCGCCGCGGCGGGCGCGUUUCGGGGAGUGGCGGAGGACGCGGGGGGCGAUCAGGCUGAGAGGACAGAGAAGGCAAAUGCUACUGCGCUGCAAGCGGGCGAGGGGCUUGCCGCCGCUGGCGGCGCUCGCCCCUUGCCCGGGUGGAUCAGCUGGCGGCAGGACCUUGCAGCCGUCGCAUUCAUCAUGGAGGUGCCUGGCAUCGUCGAGUCGUCGCUGUGCGUGAGCGUGCAGCCGCGCCAGCUCCGCGUCGCUUUCCGGGCAAGCGCAGGGGAGGCGCUACGAGACUACGUGGCGGAGCUGGCGCUAGCGGGAGAGGUGUUGACUGCCGAGGUGCGCCACCACGUCGCCGAGCUGAACAUGAUGCUUGUUCUCGCCAAGCGCGAGGGGGUGAUGUGGGAUCGUUUGCAGCCACCCACCGACGCCGGCGGCUGA